AUAACAAUAAGCAAGCAAGAACUAUUUCCUCUUUCAUCCAUUUGCUGCAAUGUCUUCCAAGUUAACCCUUCCAUUGAUCCUUCUUUCGGGUCUCGUUUUCCUUGCCCAACUCAGCUUCUCAACCGGCCAAACUGUGGUUAAAGGCGCUUACUGGUUUCCUGACAGUGGCUUCCCAGCCUCCAGCAUAAAUUCCAGCCUUUUCACUCAUCUAUUUUGCGCAUUUGCUGAUCUUAAUUCCGCCAAUUACCAAGUCACCGUUUCUUCCUCAAACUCAGCCCCCUUCUCAAGCUUCACACAAACAGUCCAAAAAAACAACCCUGCAGUGAAAACCCUCUUAUCCAUUGGCGGAGGAAAUGCUGAUCCAGCAACCUUUGCCGCAAUGGCCAGCCAAGCCAGCCGGCGCAAAUCGUUCAUUAACUCCUCCAUCACGUUAGCAAGGUCUUACAACUUCCACGGCCUAGACCUCGACUGGGAAUAUCCAUCCUCCACCACUGAGAUGACCAACUUGGGCAGCCUUCUCACCGAGUGGCGAGCUGCAGUGGCCAAUGAGUCCAAGGCCUCUGGCAAGACUGCUUUGCUUUUAGCCGCCGCUGUCUUUCGCUCUGCAGAUUACUACACCAUAAAUUACCCCUUCCAGGCCAUAUCAAACAGUUUAGACUGGAUCAAUGUCAUGGCUUAUGACUUCUACGGCCCUGGUUGGUCCCCAAACAACACCGGACCACCUGCUGCAUUGUACAACAGUCAGGUUAGCGGGAAUGCUGGUAUCACAUCCUGGAUUCAAGCAGGUUUGGCUGCCAAAAAGAUAGUGCUAGGCCUUCCCUUUUAUGGCUAUGCAUGGCGUUUAUUGAACGCGAAUAACCACGACCUUUAUGCUCCUGCUAAUGGAUCGGCUAUAGGGCAAUACGGGGAUCAAGGCUACAACCAAAUAAGAAAUUUCAUAAGCCAGAAUGGGGCACAAACAGUGUACAAUGCCACGGUUGUUACAAACUAUUGCUACUCAGGAACAACAUGGAUUGGUUAUGAUGAUACGCAGAGCAUCUCUGCAAAGGUUUCAUAUGCCAAGGUAACAAAAGGGCUUCUUGGUUACUUUGCGUGGCAUGUUGGCGCUGACAACAGUAAUUGGGCUCUUUCUCAAACAGCUUCAAGCACAUGGGGAUGAGCACAAAGAUUACAGUUACUGCUGAUAUGAUACAUAUACGUUAAUUACCUAAAAUAAGACCACGCUCUGUAUCCAGAUAGAGCUGUUACUUGCAAUAAGACUAAGCGACCAGAUAAACAAUAAGAUUUCCAAUUUCUGUUUA